AUGUGUUCGCGCACUGUAAUACGUGUAAUCACGAAGAUAGCCAACGAAGCACAGUAUUUAGGUUUGAUAUCGAUGCAGGUGUCUAUAGAUGACACGGUAAAAGCCGUCUGUUACCUCCUUGUACCAGACCACUUAGCACCUGGGUCUGCUGAGAUGUUGCUUCGUCUCCAACAACCAAUCUGGCGUCUGGGCUUCUCAGAAGACCUGAUUAAGCUAAGCGCUGAGCAUGAGUGA